CGACAACAAAAAACUCACAAGGUUUGAUUUUCCAUCACCAUCUAUUUUUCCAACCAAAACGUACAGCGAUAACAUAAAAACCACAGCGGAAGAUCAAGAUCACAAUUACUCUUCUCCUCACAAUCACCCGUUCUACUUGAUCCGCUCUUUGUGUCUAACAAACAAUAAAGAGGUUAAAGGUUAUUCAGAAUAGUAUCAAUUGUCUAGUUCUCUCGCCUCCGCAACAAAUGAAAGUGAGCGUCCAACCACAGAUGUUGCUGCAACUUCGGCUUUGUCAAGACAUGUGACUAUGACUCCUGCAUAGAAGCAAAUUUGGAAAGGUUUCCCAAAUACUUUCAAUGGAAAAAGGCUGGUUACAGCCUUUGCUUUUGCAGGUAUUGAUAUGUCUUGGUUUAUAACUAUUUGAAAUAAAAAAAUAUCUCUUUCUAACAAGAACAGACCUGAGUUCUAUAAUAUCUGCAUAUCUGACCUGGGCUUCCUGAAACUUUGUAAAAAUAUUGGUGGCAGAGUAAAAUCCUUGAAACCUCUGUAGGCGAGGGGGUAAAAACUAAAUUAAAAGCUAAAUGGUUUGAAAAAGGCGAAAAAGUAACUCGUUUUUUCUGUUCUCUAAAAUAGAAAUGUCAAAGCAACAGUUCCAUGAAGUCUUUUAAAGAUAAAUACAACAAUUCAGUAACUGAUUCUAUUUAGAUAACUAAAGUUGUCAAAGAAUUUUAUUAAACAAUUUAUACAAAGGGCUUGUUAAUGAAGCACUAUAAAAUGUUCUUAUAGAAAAGCAAUUAAACGAAGAUUGAACAGAGAAAGGCAUUUCUGUGACAAACCUCUCACACUCGUAGAAUUAAAAGGAUGCCUUAAAACUUAGCCUGCGUGCAGACUUUACUAUCUGUUGCAAAGGAGAGCCAAUACGGAACUUGUAAAGUCUGCGAAUUAGCGUCCGUUUUUGUGUUCUGAGAGCAACCGCAUUAAUACUCGCCUUUGUCAUGGCAUUGUAUUUUAGCCAAUCAGUAUUUGGUUCGAGAUUUUAAGGACCCAAUCAAAUUUAAGCACAAUAAUCACGUGCUGAUUACAACAACUACACAAUCAUUCUGGCUGGACAUAGGAAAACAUCAACAUGGAGGAAAAAACAACGCUGUGCCCAAGGAUAAAGUUUUCCUGUCUACGAGACCUCAAAGCUUAUGAUGAAACGGCAUUUCAAACGGGAAUAGAGAUGGUCAAGAGUAUAUUUAACGUGAAAAAAAUCUACCAUGAUCAAGAGACGGUUCUUCGGAAGUUUUUCCGAGGACAGAACGUAUACUUCAGUGCGCCUACUGGAUAUGGAAAAUCGUUGAUUUUUCAGUCUAUUCCAAUAGUAGCUGACUACUUGUUGAGUGUGGAUCUUUUUACCUCCAUUAUUUUGGUUAUCUCGCCACUGAAAUCCUUAAUGUUAGAUCAGGUUAAUUACCUUCAAUCCAUUGGUUUGAAUGCCGUGGCAAUAACAGGAGAUGCUGAUGAAGAUUUGGUAAAUGCCGUUAAAGAAAUUGGUUGCUCACCAAAUCUCAUUUACGUUUCACCAGAGUCAAUGCUUGCAGUGAAGAAGUGGAGAGAUAUUUUAUUCUCGGAAAAUUUUAAAGAACGUUGUGUUGGAGUAGUGGUCGAUGAAGCUCACUGCAUAAGUCAUUGGGGAUAUGCAUCUGCAAGUAAUUCACCAUUUCGUAAGUGGUACCGCAAUUUGUAUGAAUUUCGCUUACUUUUGGACUCAAGCGUCAAAUUUGCAGUUUUUACAGCAACUGCAACAACUGUGACAAAGAACAGGAUCUUUGAAACACUAGGUAUGGGAGUCACAGAUUGUUAUUGUGUUGAGAAGAGCCCAUUGAAAGAAAACAUAAAGUUUACGUCAACUUAUAUCUCAAAUGGGUUAACUUUGGAAGAUAUAUUUGAUGACACUUUAAAUGAUAUAUCUGCCAGAAUGGAACAUUCUGACCGGGUUAUCAUUUAUUGUCAAUCUCGAAAACAAUGUGCUCUCCUUUGGCAAAUGUUUUCUGUACAGCUUGGAAUUAAGCUUUAUUUGAAUACGGUUAAGAACCCCCGAAAGCGUCUGGUUGAGAUGUUCCAUGCUGGAACUCGGCAUGGGGGUAAACUGUGCUUCUUUCAAUAAGGUGAUUCAUUUUGGACCUUCAAAGAAUAUUGAAUCAUAUGUUCAGGAGUGUGGCAGAGCAGGACGAGAUGGGGAAGAAAGUUUUUGUCAUCUUCUUCACAACAAUUUGUUGACAAGUAGGUGUGAAGAUGACAUGAAGGAGUAUGUUUACUCUGAAAGUUGCCGUAGACUAACUAUAGCAAGAUGGUUUGGCUGUCUUAAAGUUGAAAAGGAAAGUCUGUGUUCAUGCUGUGAUAAAUGUGCUCUGCAAUGUGAAUGUGAUGCAAAUUGUAAGGAUGCUUGGCAAUAUAGACUGAGAAUAAAUGCAAAGGAAACAUCUAGAAAUAGAAAAGUACCAAGAUCAAAGAUCAAUGAAUUGCACGAUCUUCUCAAUGACUAUUUGCAGAAAAUGCAGAACAUCCAAAGUAGGCAAGGUAAAACAAUGUCCUAUGUUGUACCUGAUUUUGAAUUUUCAGAGUUUCAAGUUAAUCAAGUUUUGAAAAAUUGCAAUCAGAUUUUUACAUUGGAGGAUGUGAUGUCUAAAGUAGAAGUAUGGAGGACUAUACAUGCACAGAACAUAUUGUACAUGUUAGGGCAGGUGUUCCCAGAUAUUGAUGUGGGUGAGAUGCAACUGCAGUUUCCUGAAGAAAAUCAAAAUGCAGCUGACGAAAUACCUUCUGAAUGGAUGGAAGUGCGUGACGACUCAAUGAUAGGUUUACCAACUGAAAGCAGUCUCUGGGCAGAUAUUGACAGUAUAUUGGACACAACUCUGGCCACUUUCGAGUGUGACAAAAAUGUCUAGGAUUAUUCAGAUUUUAACCAAAAUUGAUUUCUUUUUCAGGGUAACUACUCUAGCUGUCAAAGCACUUUUGAAACGUUUUUACUUUUGUGAAAUUCUUAUAAGAAAGCAAACUUAUUGUCUUCCAUGACUUGAAAGUCUUGUCACAACAGAAUUCCUGAAACUAGGUAUGCAAGUUUCAAGCUAUAAACCAAACAAAACAAUUUUUGAAAGAACAGAAAUGUAUCAAACAUUAUUUUGAAAGCUAUAUACAGCAUUAUAUUUUGUUGCUAAUGAAGCCAACUUUUAAAAACACACAAGCCUUCACUCUCAAAAAAAUUUCUGUCCUCUUCUCCUUUGAUAGAGGUUGAGUUUUAAAUAUGGAGAGUGAAGUGCACUUUAAAUUUCAACUCUUAUUCUUAACAAAAUUGAUUACAUACAUAAAUGUGUUCAUCUAAAAAAAGUUUCUUUCACUAGCGGGCAUUCACUUCUUUGAUUAUAUUUUGUUUGUGUUCAUUUAUCCAUGAAUAAAAAUCAUGAAUGGAAAAAUCCUCUAACAAACUUAUGUUGCAAGAGGGAAAAGACUUGUAUUUUCUUCCUGGUACAAAUUCCAUUGCAUUUUGCUCAAUCAGUUUAGCGACUACUUUCUUUAAGUCAUCCUCUGAUGACUUUUGAUAAUGUUUCCCAGACCUUUUGAUGACACCACAGAAAGAAUCAAAUUUAUCCAAGAGUGCUUUGUUGUAUGUGAGGGCUUUGAGCAUUCGAUCAAUUGCAUUUUUAUUUGUGACAUUGGAGCCCAGCUUUCUAAGCACGGUUUUUACAAGAAGGUUGAAAUGCUCCAGUGCCAUAUCCAAGGGUAUGUUUCCACCAUGCCCACGUUUAGACUUGUGGAACCUGUUCCACAUCAGACUAUAUGCAUCCUUUUGUGGCAGGAGGGAAUUGAAUUGAAAUAGAAGGUAUAACCCUUCAAGUGCAUAUUUUCUACUUGAUGCACCAUCUUUCCUGAGGUAUGGCAGCAUAUAUUUCCAGCAUCGUAGAACCCUUGCCCCAUCUCCCUCUGAGACUGCAUCAUGGAGGUUCAUUUGUAACAUACCAUAUUCAAGAAGCGAGCAUUGGUAGCUUCUCAUAUCAUCACUUGGUCUCUUGUUAACUUCAU